AUACAAUGACACAAGUACACACACGUGUGUUGUGCUUUUGCUUACUUCUAUGAAAUAUCUGUCUGUUAAAAAAGAAUUUAACAUUUAACCUUUCAGCAAAAAAAAUUUUUGAUAUUAUUGCUGAGUAAAGUCAUUAUCCAUUAUUGUAUGAACUUUCCAAAAGAAAAUGCUUAUCUUAUUCCUUCUGGCAACUAUCAGCUGUUUGAUAGAUCCGUUUGCUGCAUUUAUCAUUAAAUUCAUCACGGGAUGGUGUUGCAAAGAGACGGAUGAAGAUCAAGAGAUGAAAAAACAAUUGAUUUCUUUGAGAAAAGAUAUGAGCAGCUUAUCAAUGGUCGAUGAAUUUUCCAAGUAUGCAAAAAUCCAAAGAAAAUGUAACAAAUUACAAGAUGUCAUCAAAGAGAAAUUAAGCGCUAGAUCAACAUCGAGAAUGAAGUUAAAAAUGUCUCUGACAUAUGGCAUUCGUAUUUUAAACGGAAUCUUUACAACGAUCCUUGUGUUCUCUUAUAGAAGUGAACCUGUUGUUAUUUUUCCCACUGGCUACCUCUGGCCUGUUGAAUCGUUUCUAAGCUGGCCAACUGGUAUCAAAGGCUGCAUUUCUUUGCCAUCAUGGAUUAUUUUGAUGAGACUGAGUGUGCAAUCUCUUUUAAAAGCAAGUGAACCGUGAUAGAUGUAUAACUUAUGAUGUAAAUACUAAUUAUUGUACAGUAAAACGUAAGAAUGAUAUAGGUAUGUUAAAUUUAUUGUGAAUGUGCAUGUUAAUAAGAUAGGAUAACAAUUUUGAAUCUCGUGAGUUCUUUUUUUACAAUAAAUUGUUGGAACAGAAAGUCUCCAUCUCAGUUUUGAAAUUGUUCAAUUCUCAAAGUAAGAUAAAAAAAAGGCGUACUAUUUAUAGUAAAAAACGUACUAUUUAUAGUAAAAAAACAAGUGCAAUUGGCAAAAAUUGAACUAAUUAUACUUAUUAUUGAUUGACAUUUGUAUGGAACACAAAACAUAGUAAA